GGAUUUUAUUAAAUCCUCAAGGCUCUCACCUACCUAUUAUCCGACAAAAUAGUUUCUGUUAAGUAGUAGGUGUUCUGUGGCUGCAUCUGAAAGGUGCAAAAGGUCAGUAAUCUGGCCUUGUUUUACCAUCCAUCUGCAAUGGUUUUAUUACGAUCUUGAAUCAAUGUCGUGCUCUUAUGUUUCUCUGGGCACACUGAUGGUAUUUUGUGUCUUGAUACCUGUGUAUCAAGUUCUGGAAGAACACUUAUAGUAACGGGGAGCAAGGACAACAAUGUAAGUAUGUCAUAUUUCUUUCUGCUCUUUAGACAAAUAUGCAGCAUUUGAUGUAUGCCGAUUCCCUUUCUCUUAUGUGCUGGUUUACCAAGAUUUUACAUCACUAUUCAAGAUUAAAACUAAUUUUUUCUGCUAUUCUUAAUUCUGGUGUUUCCAUAGGUUAGGUUAUGGGAUUGCGAAAACAAGGCUUGUGUUGGCGUAGGCAUAGGUCACAUGGGAGCCGUUGGUGCUGUUGCUUUUUCAAAGAAGCAACGAAACUUCUUCGUGAGUGGUAGUAGGUAAGUGAUUAUCCCUGAACUCUGCAGUGAGCAUAUUCUUCUUCUGCAUAUGCCUGUAUAAACUUGUGGGGGCCGGCAUCUUUUCCAAACUACAUUUCAGGAAUCAAAAUUAUGUGUCCUAGAAGUCUAUGUUUAACAUCAGUUUUGAAUUUCGGCUCACGAUUAGGAAUUUGUAAAGGCGAAGUUUCGAGAUCCCGUGCUUCUUAGAAUAUAGUUGAUAAUAGAGUCUUUGCCAUGACUGUUGUCCAUUACAACUAAAACUAUUAUGCGUUGCAAAAAAUAUUGCCUAAAGAAAUACAGGUGAAAUGUGACUUGACUGUCCGAUCUCCUAAAAAUUGUUUUAGUGGUUCAAGCCUCCAUGUUGUAAAGUGGAUUGAUCAAAUCUCUGUGAAUAUUUAUGCUAUCGUUUGGCCCUUGAAUGAGCCCAUUUAUCUCCUAGAUACUUUGGUAAUAAUUCUCUUCUGAAUUACAGUGCUCCUCUUUCUUUUUCUUUUUAAUCUAAUUAUGCUACUCUGAUGCUUCUGCUUGCUUGAUAUUCGUAUUAAGUACCACGAAUAAGAUUUAGUGCUGAAUCGAGUUUUCCCUUGGUUCUGCUGACUUGAGUUGAUACUUAUUUUACUGGUUGGGUGCAAAUAAGAUAAAAAUCGCCUUUGUGUCUGUGAACAAUUUAUUAUUUAGCCUUAAAUCGUAUUUUUUUGAGGCUUCAAAAUCUGUUAAUGAUGAUUGCUGAAGCAAACUUUUGUAGACGCAUUGGUAGGCAAGACUUAUGGCUGAAGGAGAGUCAAUUAAAUUAAGUAUUUGAUUUUAUUUUAUUGAUAGCUUUCUGUUCUGUUAUUUAUGUUACUCUAGAAUAAGUUUGCUUUCUGAAAGAUCAAAGUUCUCUCUUACAUUGAGCUCUAAGGUUCAAUCUCCCUUUAACGAGCUGAAUUAUACUCAAAAUAGGUCGAUCUAAGAGCUCAAACAAAUGGAAGGGAAAUUCGAUGACAAUAGGUUUAGAUUUUCCUGUUCAUCGUCCUAAGACUCGAUUCUUCUCUAGAAAUCCUAACACAAAUUAAUCUAAAUGUUUCUUUUAUCAUAUUUUCUAGAAGUUAUAUCUUUUACCAUACUCUCAAGAUAUGGAAUAUGGACGGUGUCUCCGGCAACAAUGAAGAAAUUAUAACUCUGAAAGCGAAAGCAGUUGUAGCAGCACAUGACAAGGAUAUCAACUCUUUGGCAGUAGCACCAAGUGACAGUCUUGUUUAGUGGUUCCCAGGUUUGAAACAUUGAGACAUCUUAUUAAAUCUUGGCGUAAAACGCUGCCAAAGGAGACGACUUUGCAUCUUUGCUUGUAUAUUUUUUAUUCUCGUCCAAUUUCGUCAUAUUUUACUAGGAUCGCACCACCUGCAUAUGGAGACUUCCAGACCUAGUGUCAGUGGUUACACUGAAAGGGCAUAAAAGGGGGAUAUGGUCUGUGGAGUUUUCUCCAGUUGAUCCAUGCGUGAUGACAGCUUCCGGAGAUAAGACCAUAAAGAUAUGGGCCAUAUCUGAUGGAUCAUGUCUUAAAACAUUUGAAGGGCAUGCAUCAAGUGUGUUAAGAGCAUCGUUUCUUACCCGUGGAACCCAGUUUGUUUCUUGUGGUAACAUGACAUCCCGAGGCCAUUAUAGCUUCAUUGUGUUGUUUUUUCUGUUUCUCAUAGCCUACUUUUGCUAAAAGAUAUGAACGUCUCUCCAGGUGCUGGUGGUUUGGUGAAGUUGUGGACAGUUAAAGACCAAUGAGUGUAUUGCAACAUAUGACCAACAUGAGGAUAAGCCGAUCAAGUAUUUAAGUUAUUUAAUUUAAAUAUCUAUUCUCUUAUAAUAGAGCUAUCCUUUUGUCUCUCCAUCCUGGAAAAACUAGUUGAUCUAAAUUAAUGAGCCGACUUGAGCACAGUUAAUUUGGUUCUUGAGUGCUGCUAUGGUUGCCAUUAAUGUAGUGACAUUUGACUGCAUCACAAAAGAUUAAAUGAAUAAAUUUUACAACUGUCAUUUGCAUUUGGCUUACAUCUUCUUGACAUAUAUUUUCCACACAAAGGAUAAUUAAAUGCUGUUUUCCCCUCUAACUGUCAAUCUAGAUAUGGGCCCUUGCUAUUGGUAAGAAAACAGAAAUGCUUGCAACUGGCGGUGGUGAUAUGGUGAUCAAUCCGUGGCAUGACUCAACAGCUUUAGAUAAAGAGGAAGCUUUUCGUAAAGAAGUGUAUCUGAAAUCAUAUUCAUCGAACAGCAAUUGUUUGGAGGAAGGCAUUCUACGGGGUCAGGAGUUAAAAAAUGCUUUAAUAUAUGCUGACUACACCAGAGCCAUCCAGAUAGCAUUGGAGCGUCGAAGACCGCAUGACCUUCUAGAUAUAUUUGGUGAAAUCAACAGGGAGAGAGAUGCUGGAGAUCAGUUAGGAAAAGCACUUGAGGCUCUUUCUAAAGAAAAGGUCUAUUUGCUUUGGGAAUAUGUCAAGGAAUGGAACACGAAGACAAAGAUUAUAUCAUAUUGCACAGCUUGUUUUUUGGGAAUUUUUCACAAACCACUAUUGUUUAGUGGUUAUUAGCUAGUUGUAGCUACCAUUUAAUAUAUUA